AUGACGUUCUUGAAAAUCUUGGACAUGGUUGUCCCGACUCCGUCCGCGUUGGUGCGGAUGACGAUCCUAGUCGUCAUCCUCCAGGUGACGAUCGCCUGGGGUAUCAUGACGAAGACCGUUUUCACCGAGGGCACCCCGGUCACGAUGGCGGUCAGCGAACAGUCGUCGUCCACCGGCAUCAGCACCAGGGAGUUCCCCUGGGCGUCCAUCAUCUGGACGCUGAUCGCGUUGAUUUUGUCCGCGUUCUCGGGCAGGGAUAUCGUUAUCGAUGUCAUGGCUCACUUCUAUGGAUUGUCCGAGCGUUGCCUGCGCACUGCCGUACAAUUAGCCAAGACAAGGCAAGUUAUGAUGUCCGCGAAGCACAAGGCGCAGCUCAAGGCGCUCAAGAAGAAGCUCCAGGUCAAGUGCCGAAUGGUGGAACUGGCGUUCGUUUUGGACGUCCAAUCGACUAACCUUCAAGCCCCGUACCGACAAACGAUUAAGCCGCAAGACAAGCAGCUGUUCACUCUCCACCUCCAGUUCAGCGACCUUCAGCGGUCGAUCGCCGCGACCGUGAGGGAUUUUUCGCACUACAUGUGGUGCGCUGAAAGAAGCAUCGACUCGCUUGCCGGCGCCAAUGCCCUGCUCGAGAACAGACUUGCUUGCUUGGAGGCAGAUGCGCAGACUGGCCACGACCUCUAUGACCAGUUUCGAUCCGACUUCCUCUGCUCUCUUCGGGACGGAGAGACGACGCUCAGCCACANGUUCAGGCUGUGCGGGUGGCACGCGCAGACUGGCCACGACCUCUAUGGACAGUUUCUAUCCGACUUCCUCUGCUCUCUUCGGGACGGAGAGACGACGCUCAGCCACAAGGAUGCGGAGAUAUCCUCUCUGAAGCAGGACAACGCUCAGCUCGUCAAGGUCAAUCAAGACAAGGACGAGGAGAUCAAGCUCCUGAAGGCUCAGCUGGCUAUACAGUUCAAGCAGCCUGAGGAAGGUCAGCACACAUGUGAACGUGUUGCCGAUGUGGACAACGCUCAGCUCGUCAAGGUCAAUCAAGACAAGGACGAGGAGAUCAAGCUCCUGAAGGCUCAGCUGGCUAUACAGUUCAAGCAGCCUGAGGAAGGCGAAGCCAACGCCCACACCGACGUCUCCACCGAGCUGCCCAGCCCCAGGGGGUUGAUCGGCGAAGCCAACGCCCACACCGACGUCUCCACCGAGCUGCCCAGCCCCAGGGGGUUGAUCGGUACCAGGUGGGGAAGCGCCGAGAACGUCCCGGGUGUCUCGAGUUUCCAGACCAACAAUAACCACUCUGUCUUUACCGAUUCGUCUGCCGCUACGAUCGCCACCGCCGCUUCGGGGACCUUCGUCUCCAAGGCCACCCGUUCGGGCACCAGUCGGUCGCCACAACGACCUACCUGGACACCGCCGCCGAUGACAAGGCGGCGGCGGAGUUCCUGA